AUGCAAUACCAGUAGACUAAUGAAUAGAUAUGUAUCACUCAUAACAAUAUUACUAACUACUUUUGUUUGAGAGAGGGUAUUAAUGUUGACCAUUUUGAAAAUCUCCUCAAAGUAGUAUUCAUGAUUGAGGGCAAUAUCCUUGGCUUAAAAAGCUAAAAAACUGGUAUCAUUUACGAUACUGGAGAAUUCUGCAACUAAAAUUACUUCUAGUUGAGCAAUGAAACCUUCUAGCUAAUAUCAUCUAACGCUCAGCUAGGCUCUCCUCUCAACUCAAAUCCAACUCGCCAAAGUUCAAAUAUAAGAUCAUAUUCUAAUUUGAGUUAAUCUGUUCCAAAGCAAUCAAAAUCUAACCACAAACCUUCCUCUAGAAAUAAAUCAAAUGACAUACCUUCUCAUAUUUAGCAAAAGCUUUCUCAUCGCUACUCAAUCAAGAGUGCAAGCAAAUAUAGUGAUGAGCCAUGCCAAUUUUUCAUUGAGGAUUUCGAAGUCUUUAUGACCCUUCCUGGUAAGGAUAAUCCUGAAUACUUGUUCUGUUUCUUCUUGUUUGAUGACACACAAACUAUGAAGUAAUAUGGACCUCCUGUUUGUAGAUCAUACUCAAAUAAUUUUCCUUCUGUAGAUUUCUACUACUCCUUGUAUCCUUCUAAAAGAUCAAGAUCACCUUUCUAACCCUCUGAUAAUAUUAUGCUAUUCAGUUUCUAUCAAGGUCAUAAUAUUAUCAUAGAAAGAGAGUUAGCUCUUUCAUAUGAUGCUUCUGAGGAAAUAAUAAAAGCUAUGAAUCAGUAUAUUUAAAAGCAUGACUUAUUCCACUCAAAAAGCGAUAAAAGAAUGUCUAAUUUCAAUGAAGAUAAUACAUACACAGAAAAUAGCUUCCAAAUGAUCAAUUAACUUGGCUCAGACUCUAACUUUCAAAGAAGAGAAGGAAGCUUUUCUGACAUACCAACAAAUUAGGAUAAUGUUUUCGAUAUCAUUGAAUGCUUUUCGAAGAAUUAAAUUAGAAAGAAUUUUACUGAUGACUAAUUUAAAGAUUUGCUCAAGCUAGUCCGCAAAAAUAGCAAAAAGAUAAACAAUAUAUACGAAUAGUUCAAAGUGAGUAAUGAUUAUGAAGAGCUUCUAGGCAGUCUUCGUAGUAUCUUGAAUGUUCCUUUAUUGUAAUCCACUAACCUACUCGCUUAGAACGGAAACUUUAAUAUUCUACAAUCUUCAAAUACAAAUAAUAUCCUAAACUGUUUAAACAGUGAUAAUAAUAAAGUUAACAAUAAGUAAAUUAACCACAAUAGAGCAAACUCUAAAUCUUAAAAAAAAGCUGUUCCAAAUGAAAUGAGUUUUGAUGUCUCAUCUAAAGAAAAAAAAUUGGAUUUAUCAACUUUAAAGGGUUUAAGAGUAUUCUUGAAAAAAGAAAACACAUUUGAAAAACUAGGUAGUAGUGUGCUUGAAAAUAGGGAAAUAGGGUAUUUAGUGUAUGGAAUAAAGUAAAAUAAUUAGGAAUUGUUAGAGUUAUUACAUAACCUGAAUACGUACACUAAGUAGAAAGUUAUUUUAACCAUUUUAAAAGCAUACUGUUCUCAGUAAAUGCAAAAUAUUUUAAGUGCAAAAUUUAACAGCAGACAGCUAGAUGUUAUCAAAGAAAGUGAAAAUGAGAAAGAUUCACCUAUCCAGGCUGCUUUCCUUAAUUGGAUGGUUCUGGGAAAUUUAAAUGACCUUAUUUCAAUUCUCGAAGAAAAUGUUAAACUAAAAAAAUAUCCUUCAAUUUUAAAAAAUAAAAAAGAAAAAAUAACUAUUGACGAAUAAGCUUUUGGCUAGUUAUAAAAAGUUGUUGAAUAGUUUGACUAUUCUCCAUCUUAGAUUGCAAGAGAAUAAUAAUACGUAGAAUUAAAUGGAAGUGCUAUCUCCUAGCAAACUCAUUCUCUCUUUUAACAAACCAAAGAGCCAGAUACUCCAACAUAUGUUUUUAGAUAUUCUUAAUAUGCUAAUCGCCAAAAAAAACUAAGAAAACCAACUUUUACACUAAAUUCAAGGUUAACAUAAGAAAAUGUAAAUGAAGCUCUAGAAGAAUAAUUAGCAAAAGAGCAAGAUUAAAUCAAUAUUUAGAAAUAAUUAGAGCUAUACUUCUCAGCAUAAAAGACUUAUAAAGAUGAAUAAUAUUAUAAUUUAUAUAGAAAUCUUUUGAAUUAAAGUUAUAUUGGAUAAGAUAUUAUGAAAGAGCUUGAAGAAGCAUAUGAUUUUAAUUAUGUUCCUUUUUAUUUUGUCUUAGAAGCCUUUAGAAACACUUCAAAUGUAGAAGAAGAAUUAAAAGAUGCAUUAAAAUAGUUUACAGAUUUAAAAGCAAAAAUAAAACAUUUAAUUAACUUUGAGUCUCCAAUCUGUUAAGAUAAACUAACAAAAUAUAAAGGAUUUUUAACAAAUAUAGCCUAUCUAUACUGCUAAGAAUUUUCAAUAGGAGAGAGAACUUUCAAAAUUUUAAAUCAUUUAUUUUUGAAAUAAGAAAUUAAUGUAAUUGCUGCUUUUGAACUUUUUUGCAUAGAUUUAAAUAUUGACGAUUUUUUAGAAAAUGUCAAGCUAAUUGAAUAAGUUCACUUCUUCAAGCAUACAAUUGAAUUAUCGGAAUUCGAUUAAACAGAAGAAGAUAUGGAUUUAAUUAAUGUCAUUAUUUAUCUCUUAAAAAGUACUGAUAUUGCAAACUAAAAUAUUCAAGUUAUUGAAAAAGUUGUCAAAAUUGGAGACAGAGAUUUGUUAAAAAUUUUUAACGCUUACAAGCAAAAAAAAUUAUCUGACAUUUCUGUUUUGCUAAAACAAGUAAUGAACUUUGCGGAAUACAGAGCUUAGGAGGUUUAGUAAAUUGAAGAAAAUGAGAAGAAUUAAAAAUAAAGAGAAGAAACAUAGAAGAAGAUUUAAUUUUAAAUUGAUCACCUUUACACUAUCUAACCCCUAUUAAAGGAAGUCAAAUAUAUUAAGAUUAUUGAAGAUCUAGUAAAUGAAUAGCAUAAAAUAACGUAAAGCGCUUUUGAAGUCUAUGAAUUCUCUAAAGAUAAACAAGAUUUCAUAGAAACUAUAAGCCUAAUUUACUAGGCCUAUUACACAAAAUAGCUAAAAGAUACAGUUAAAAUGUACUUAUUUGAUCAAAAGCAGCCCAAAGAAAAGAUAACUUUCAUGAUGAAUUUAAUUAAAGAAAAUGAUGUACAUAUUAUGUCUGCUUGGGAGUUAUAUUUAAAAUUAGAUGAUUUGUCUGAUUUCAAAGAUACAAUUAGUAUUAUAUUAAAGAAGCACUAUAAAAUUUGA